AAUAUAAAUAAUAUAGAUACCGUUAUGGAUUCCGAUCCCAAAUACCCUACUUUCUACUCCGUCUCCGAGCUUUACACCAGAAUCCUUAUCUAUCUCGACGUGCUCUGUGACAGGACCCAAGUUCCUUUAGAAGACAAAAGGCAAGUUGAUUUUGAGGCUCUGGAGCAACUGGAGAAUCCAGAUCAUCAUGCCACUUCAGUGCCAGUCAUGAAUCUUUAUGUCAAACUAAAAGAUAUGCUAGAAAUGGUGGAUUGUCCUGUGAAGAUUGAUUUCAGGGAUCUGUUACGGCCAGAUUCAGCACAAACCGAGUUUUUCAUCAGCGCACUUUUGAAUUUCGGUCUACACAAGUAUGUCCUUUCUGCUUCAAAAAUGGAACUGAUAAGACCAAAGGCAGAAGAGUUGACUCUCCUUGAUGAGCAGCGGAGGCAGUGGGAGGCAAAGAUUGCCCAGUUGAAUGCAGAGAAUUCAGAAUUCGAUGAAGCCUGCGAGAGGGAUUUACCUUUUGUUCAUGAGCUAGAAACGAAUACUGACGAGCUCAAUCAGAAGAUAUUAGGACUGAAUAAUCAGCAGCUGUCACUGCGAGAAACCUUCCAGAAAAUGAGAGAAAGGAGUACACAAAUGGAUAACGAGAUUUCCAAAGCAGAGUUUGAACUUGUGCAAACUGUCCAAGAAAAUGCAAACCUCCGCUCGCAGAUUGUUCAGUCCCCAGACAAAUUGCAGACAGGGGCUUUUAGAAAGAGAAGAAACAAGUGUUGGGGGAAACAAAGAAAGCUGAACAAUCAGCAAUGGAAACAUUCCAGGAAAAGGCUGCCAUCCUCGAGGUUUUAUGAAAAGGUGUCUAAUGAAAAACUAUAG